CGCCCGUGACGUCCGCAUAACGACGGCUUUUUUGUGGAAGGGGAUUAAUCUUUUCCGUGCCGCUUUCACCGAUUUUUUCGGUUUCGGUCGCUUUUCGGGGGUUUUCUCCCCCUGUUUCAACCUCGGCACCGGCUCUGGGGUGAAAAAAAGCUCGAUAGAGAAAUUAGUGUUGGCGUUCCCGACUCCCUCUGCCUGAGAACACGGCCGCCAACAUGGCGGACGAGGAGGAGAACAGGCUGACAACACAGGAGGGGGUUGCUCCCCAGCAGCAACAUGGCACCGAACACUUGGAGACACUGGGACAACAGGGCCCUGCGGCGGAUACCGGCUGUGCCAACGUGCCCUGCAAGCAGUUCGAGGCCCACUCGUGCCAAGUGCUGCCGGAGGAGAUUGUGCAGGUGGUGGUGGGGGAAGAGGCCACUCAGGCGGUCAGCACUUUACCCGGUGAUGGGGACGGCCUCCUGGGUGCCAACGGCAUCAUGAACUCCUUGGUGGAGGCCCCUCCAGCUGGCGGCUCCAUGGCAGCGGUGAGCGCGGCUGAUUUCACGGUGGCGACGGCGGAGUUGGAUAGCAUCUCCAUCGAGUCCACCCCCAGCACCAUUAUUUAUGUGCAGCCCGAUGGCACUUUCGUGGAGGGCACGGGGCUGACCCCGGAGGAACAGCAACAACUGGUCGAGCAAUUAGCAAAGCAACAGGGACUGGUAGAAGUAAGCGAAAGUGAAGCGGCUCAAAUAUUUGGUAGUCAUCAGCAGCAACAUGCUCAGUUUGUGCAGCAUGUAGGUCUGACAGAUGAACUACAACAAGUCAUCGCUCAUGUUACGAAGUCUCAGCAACAUGCAACGCAAUUCAAUAAAACUAAUGUGCAAUUGAACUCCGAGCCUGCUGAAAAUCAGAUUCUGCAGAAGAGCAGCUUGGUAUCAUGUGUUCCUCCAGAAACUCGAGUGCUUUCCACGGAUCAAAUGUUACAAGUGCCUGAAUGCAAUGCUAUAAUGCAGAAGGUACAUGCGAGUGUUCAUCCGAGUCAGGUUGUCCAAAGGAUUGAUUCGUGCAACCCUGCUCAAGUUCAGCAAAUAAAUAUUUCCACCCAGUCCUCUCCAGUGAACCGGCCUAGUCAGCCUAAGAUUCUAACGGCAGUUUCGCAGCAGCAGGCCGUCUUUACCCAGCCGUUGACAAUCAUUCACAAUGCAACACGACAGUUGCAAAAUGCUGCUCAUCAGGCUGUCCUUCAGCAGAAUCUACAACAAAGCAUUGCACAUGUACAGCAAAAGAUGGCUCCAUUGCGAGUAACACCCUCAACGCAGCAUCAACUAGAAACUGUCCAAGUUCAUAUACAGACAGUCCAGACGCAGGAGGAAAAAGAUAGGCCUAUGCCGCCUCUAGCGGUAGUUCAACCCAAAACAGCUUCUGGUCAGCUGGCUAACCAAAGAACCACUCUUUCAGGGGGAGUUAAUAUUUCUGGACCUCAAAUCAUUAGAAUCCAGCCAAUUUCAACAUCUGGGCCACAGCAGUAUAUUUUGCACAGCUCUUCUGAACCUCCAAUUCAGUUACUUGUUCAGCGCCAACCUCCUCCACUUGCACCAGUAAACUCCAUUCGUGUGAUUCCUGGAGUGAGCAUCAGUGGGCAGUCUGGCAUUUUGACCAAUACUGUAACUAGCAGUAUAUCUGCUAUUACAACAGCUGUAGCAAAUUCCGUUUCCUCCAGCCACGCUAAGAAACAUGAACCUAGUGAUAAAUCAAAGGAGAAAAAACCUGUGAAGAUUAAAACUCGAUCUGGUCGAAUAUCACGACCUCCAAAAUACAAAGUAAAAGACUACAAGUUUAUAAAAACUGAAGAUUUGGCAGAGGGCCAUCAGUCGGACUCUGAUGACUAUUCCGAUUACAGUUUUGAAGAAGAAGAUGUGAAAACAAAAGUGGAUGAUUCAAGCCUAUCGAUGCCUUGUUCUUUCAAACCCAAAAAGUUUAAAUGUGACACUUGUGAAAAGUCCUAUAUUGGAAGGGGAGGAUUAGCUCGGCAUUAUAGACUCAACCCCUCUCAUGGACAGUUGACUUCUGUCUCUGAAGAACAGACAACUGUCUCAGUAAACAAAUCCAAUGGAAAUGUGAUUGUUGGAGACAGUGAAGGAGGAGAUGAUAGAAAUGGCAAAGAAGUUCCUGAAGUAAUGAUAUCUUCGAUAAAUACCGACACUACAUCUGUAAUGGUGGGGAGCACAGCCCUGUCUUCCCAAGACUUCCAACAGACAGAAAAAGUUUCAGUAGCACGACAUUUUCCUGGACGCCGGCGAACCGUAAGACGUGGUCGACCUCCAAAACACCACAACAACACCUAUCAAGAGCAAGUCCUGAAAAAGAAAGCAAGACUAAAAGAGCUCCUAAAACAGUGUGAUGAUGAGGAACUGAUGGAAUUGGCUCUCCCCAGGCUGACAAAAGUCAUUACUCUCUGGGAAUUUCUGUUGAUGAAGGUAGAAAAAGGACGACCUGCCCGACCAGAAUUUCCAGAUGUGUAUAAAGAAUUUGAGAUGCUGCAUAAACAUGUGAAGAAAAUGGCUGAUGAGCACUUGAGUAGUACCAUUCGGAUGAUAAAUCCUCAACAGCCCUUACAGAUCUCUUGUCUACAGGUUGCUGAGUCAUUAGGAAUAACUGAGUAUAUGAACAAAGAAAACCAGCAAGAUGCAAGCAUGUCCCUGACCUACAGAUUAGUAGCAGUGGAUGACCAAAACCACCUAAAUUCAUCUGGAGAAAAGCAUAUCAUGGAGAGAGACUUUGGAACCUUAUCCCCUUCAUCAAAACGAAUGAAAAUAGAUGACUCUAUAGCAGGAACUGACAACAACUUCAACCAAAAUGGAACAGAGAUAGCUGGAGAAGUACAGCUACAAAGCUUAACUACUGAAGAAGGCCAGAAACAAACUGAAUGUCCUACACUGGACGCUUGUGAUACACAUACAACAUAUGGAUCGGCAGCUGUUCAGUUAUUCGAUAAACAAACAGAUGGAGUGUUACUUUCUGAGAAUAACAUUAAAAAUUCCAAUACUGUAGAACAAUCAACUUCUGAAGAAUUGUGUUAUCAGGUAACUCAAGUAACCCUGUCAAGUACUCAACUGCCCUUGUUAGAGGCACACAAUGAAGUCCUAAAUGAUACUAUACAAGGACAAGAUGAUUUUUUAGCUAUGGACACAGAUAUUACAGCAGAGGAAUUGGUUCAAGAACAGUUGUCUUGUCAAAAUAUUCCAGAACAGCUGAAUGAUACUGAACUAACCUCCACAGUGCAAUCAGAGGAUGAAAUGACUGGUCCGAAUUCACUUCUUUCAGAUAUGGCUAAAGGCAACCAAAAAUGUUCUGAAGCAAGCAAUUCUGUUCAGGAUUUGCAGCAUCAGAUGGGAAACCAGGAUCCACUUGGCAAUCAGGAACAGACUGAGCAGCUGAAUGAUUCUGACAUAGCAGACCAGAUGCAGCAGCUUGAGAAUGCUCUUUCUCGAGAUGUGGAGCCUAUAGGAGAGGUUUGUAGCACUGAAGGUAAUCACUUACAACAGCGCGAAACUGAACAGACUUUUGAAACUGAAAUCUCUACUCAAGUAGAUCUUGAUGGUCAGGUAUCUCCUGAAGAGUUGAAUGGAUUGCAGAAUAAAAUAAUGGGUCACUUUGAACAGAAUGCUGAUCAAAGAAAUCAGGAGAGUUCAGAAAAUAUUCUGGAAAGCACAGUGACAGAAGAUGGAGAAUUAGAAUUUCAACUACCUGUUGGAAGUCAGGAAUUGUUGGCUCAGGGACAUGAUCAGAUAUUCAUUCAAACUUCCGAAGGCCUAAUUGUGUCACAUGAAGGAACCGCGGUUGUGUCACAGACAUCUGAAGGCAUUGUUAUAGUAACUAAUGCUGAUGGUACUACAAUGCACAUACGAACACCUGAUGGUGUUCCCUUUGAAACUGUAGAAGCACUUCUUGCAAUGGACUCAGAAGGACAAAGUGAAGGCCUGUUAGUUUCACAAACACAAACUGAAGUGGAACAAUAAAUGGGCUAUCUUCACCCCAUCUCAAAAAAAAUAGCAAAAAUAACUACAAGAAACUUUGCUGUUCAUUGAAAUGCUAAAAUACAAAAACAGGGCUGUUCUGUUUUUUUUUAGAAGAAACUUGAGACUUUGUUUCCUAUUGUGUUACUUUUAUUACUUAAUGUAUUUUGUGUUGAACUUUAUUGUCCCACAAGCUAACAAGUCUGGUACAAAUGUGGAUGUAAAGUUUAAAGAGUGGUUUACCCUGAAUGUUGCAUUAUGCCUGGCAAGAUAUUUGAAAGAGUGAAUGAACCCAGGUACAUUUAUAUUGAAGUUUGUACUCUGGAACAUAGAUGUGACUACAAUAGACCAGAAAAUGUGAUGUUGCUGCACUGAACUUGAAUGUUUUUUUUUCUUUGCAUCUUUAUCUUUGACUCCUUAUUGCUUAUUGGAAAUGACUAUUUUGCCAAUAUAGUAUUUGUAUACCUUCUACUGCCGAUUUUUGAAACUGCCUUUAAAAGAUUAAUUGUACUUCCAUGAAAAAAUUAUAAUAAAUAUAAAUCUCUUGCUUUGUUAAUUGAAAGUUUUGCUAAAAUCUUAAUUAUUUAACCUCAUUUUGUAAUUCAUCUCAAAACAGGUAAAUGUUAAAAUUAACCUGUAAUUUGUUCCAAAAUAUCAGUUGUAGAUGAGAACAAACCUUUAGUUUAUUUAAAUUUGUUAAAGGCCUUCAAGUUGCAUGAAAGCAUUUGGUAGUUUGAUUUAAAACAGUGGACUUAAGUUGCAGUUUUGAAAACAGUUCUGAAAUACAAGAAUGUAUUUUGUUCUUUCUGUAUUUGUUUUACUGAUUGGUUAUCCAAAUUGAUCACUUAGUAAUUUUAAGAACUCUUGGCCAUAGAGAGAGCACAAUGCUUUUAAUACCAGCAUUAAAUUAAUUAGGAAGCCCACAGAUGUUCAAUUGAAAAGAUAAAAACCUUUAAGAGGAGACUAACUGAAGAUGAAGCCUAGAAUAUUAAUUCUGAAGUGCUUGAGUUUCACCUUGAGUAAAAUUUUACAAUGAAAUGGUAUGGUGCCAAUGCAUUUUUGGGUUAUAUGCCUUUUUUUUUUCCUGAGGGUUCAUAAAUCUCUAACUUUAUCUUUAAUUCAGGGUUAGUAGACAAAGAAUAAUUUAUGGAGUUUGUUGCUUUAAGGUAAAUUCCUUUAAAUACAGUUGUGUCCCCUUUUGUAAUGCAAAACGUUGGCUUGAGAAUUUGCUGUCAUUUUAGUUUGCAGUCCUAUAUCCUUGAGUUUUAAAAUAGACUAUCAAGAUUUUUUGAAAUGGGACAGUUGCCAGUUAGUGCUGGAGUAAUGUUAGUUAUCAUCCAAAUGCAAACUUUGUUAGAAAAAGAUUGAACAAAACCCUUUAAUCUCUUAGCUACAAGGCUGUAAAUGUACAGCAUGUUUUCAAUAGUGCCAGUACACGUUCCUUUUUUCCUACAACCGAUGUGAGGGAUGCAUUUAAUGUGAAACUUGAUGUCCUUUUGUAUUGGUUUGAGGAUGUAGAAAUGGGAAAGUUGCAUUUCUAUGCUAUGUACAUAUCAGCUCAUGACCUGUGCAGGCUGUUCAUCAAAUAUGUAUUAUGGCUGUGUUGUGCAUGUUAGUAGUUUCCAGUCUCUUCAGUGUACAACAAAACUUUAUCAAAGAGCUGUAAUUUGACUGUUGUAAGUAAUGAGAAUAUUUAAAGACUGAUAUGAAAAUAGCAGAAAUUGAAUUUAUUUUCUAUUUUUAAUAAUAUACACAGAUAUUUUGUAAUGUCUUGCUUAUCAGUACAUUGUAAUCUUGACAGACAGCUUUGUUGCCUUACUUUGAUGGUGUGGUUAAAGUGCCAUCAGUAAUGUUCUUUAGCCCAAUUGGACAGCAAUUGUUGUCACGUGACAACUUCUUCAUGAUGUAUUGGUGAUUAAUCAUCUCUUGCUUAAGACAAAUGACAUUUACUUUGUUGCCGUUACAAAAUGGAACUGCUCUCUGUCAAGGAUCGACUUUGUAGCCAGCCAAAGGUUGGUUUGUACAGUGUAUUAUGCACCAUUGUUAAACUGUUAUAAAUAUUUGCUGUAGAACUUAAUGCAGAGCACUUGUGCUUUUCUCACUACGUGGGUCUGAAUAUUUUGAAAAGCUGCCUUGCUGUUUUAAUAGGGUGAAAACUUUGAAUUCUACCAUCAAGCUCCAUUUAAACAUUAGCAAUAUAUGGAACAGUUUAAAAUAAGCCACCACAGCAGCAAUUUUUUUUUGUAGUUUUGGUAUUCUUUGUUUUUACAUUGCUUGAGAGUGCAAGACAAAAUACAACUAUAAAUAUCUUUCAGGACCAUUGUUUAAUAAUUUCAACAAAAUUAUUUUUUCAGCAUAAGUAUUUCAAAGUUUCUAAAAAAAAAAUAAAUAUAUUUUUUCUUUG